CAGAGAAGUGACAAACCCAGCAGCACGGAGCAGGCCGGGCGCCUGGGGCGGCCGGGCGGGGGCUCGGGGCAGCUGCAGCAAUAACAAGAGGGAGCCCAGAGCGGGCGGCGGCGCUGCCUCCGGGACCCCGGGGGGGACAGGGCCCCGCUCCUCCUCCCCUCGCCCCCGCCUCCCUUCCUCGCCCCCCCCCCGGCUUCCCACCACGGCCGCUCUCGGCGAGGAAACUCUGGCCUCCGCUUCCUCCUCCUCCGACUCGGACACCGGCGGAGCCUCCCCGCCCCCGCGGAAGAAAGCCCGGGCAUCCCCGGCGGCGGCGGAGGGAGCAGGCGAGCCCGGGGCUUCCGCGGGCAGAGCAGGCCUCACCUCGUCCCAGUCCCCCUCGCUCUCCGCCGGGCUCGCCCCUCCUGCCGCCCCGCUCAGAGGCAGCAGCAGCAGCAGCGCCAUGCAGGCCAACGGGGCAGGAGGAGGCCAGCAGCAGCCGCCGCCGCAGGGGCCGGCGGGCCCGGAGCUGGGCUGCUUGGGCGCCCAGAACGGCGGGCCUCGUCGGUCGGCCGCCGGGGAGCAGCUGGCUCACGCCAACGUGCUGCCCUCCGCCUCGCGGCCAAUAGCAGCGGCGAGCCCCGGCGGCCUGAGCGUCAACAACGGGGUCCCGGCCGCCGGGGGGCCCGGUUCGGCCGCCGCGGAGCUGGGGGGAGGCGGAGGCAGCGCCCUGAAGAAGAAGAAGCGGCUCUCGCAGUCCGACGAGGACGUGAUCCGGCUCAUCGGGCAGCACCUCCACGGGCUGGGCCUCAACCAGACUGUUGAUCUUCUCAUGCAAGAGUCUGGAUGUCGUUUAGAACAUCCUUCUGCUACCAAAUUCCGCAAUCAUGUCAUGGAAGGAGAAUGGGAUAAGGCUGAGAAUGACUUGAAUGAACUUAAGCCUUUGGUGCAUUCUCCUCAUGCAAUUGUGAGGAUGAAGUUCUUGCUGCUACAGCAGAAGUACCUGGAAUACCUGGAGGAUGGCAAGGUCCUGGAGGCACUUCAAGUUCUACGCUGUGAACUGACACCACUGAAAUACAAUACAGAGCGCAUUCAUGUCCUCAGUGGGUAUCUGAUGUGUAGUCAUGCAGAAGACUUGCGUGCAAAAGCAGAAUGGGAAGGAAAAGGAACAGCGUCCAGGUCUAAACUUUUGGACAAACUCCAGACAUACUUACCGCCUUCGGUGAUGCUUCCCCCAAGGCGCUUACAGAAUCUACUACGUCAGGCUGUGGAGCUACAACGAGACCGGUGCCUAUAUCAUAAUACCAAAUUAGAUAACAGUCUAGAUUCUGUGUCACUGCUUAUAGACCAUGUUUGUAGUAGGAAACAGUUCCCAUGUUACACACAGCAGAUACUCACAGAGCACUGUAAUGAAGUAUGGUUCUGUAAAUUCUCCAAUGAUGGAACUAAACUAGCAACGGGAUCAAAGGACACAACUGUUAUUAUAUGGCAGGUUGAUCCAGAUACGCACCAGCUAAAACUGCUUAAAACAUUAGAAGGCCAUGCAUAUGGUGUUUCUUACAUUGCUUGGAGUCCAGAUGACAACUAUCUUGUUGCCUGUGGCCCAGAUGACUGCUCUGAGCUGUGGCUCUGGAAUGUACAAACGGGGGAGCUGAGGACAAAGAUGAGUCAAUCUCAUGAAGACAGUUUAACCAGUGUGGCUUGGAAUCCUGAUGGGAAACGCUUUGUAACAGGAGGGCAGCGUGGACAGUUCUAUCAGUGUGAUCUAGAUGGUAAUCUCCUUGACUCCUGGGAAGGGGUGAGAGUGCAAUGCCUCUGGUGUUUGAGCGACGGGAAGACUGUUCUGGCAUCGGACACACACCAGCGAAUUCGGGGUUACAACUUUGAGGACCUUACAGACAGGAACAUAGUACAAGAAGAUCAUCCUAUUAUGUCAUUUACUAUUUCAAAAAAUGGCAGAUUAGCUUUGUUAAAUGUAGCAACUCAGGGAGUUCACUUAUGGGACUUGCAAGACAGAGUUUUAGUGAGAAAGUAUCAAGGUGUUACACAAGGGUUUUACACAAUUCAUUCGUGUUUUGGAGGCCAUAACGAAGACUUCAUCGCUAGUGGCAGUGAAGAUCACAAAGUGUAUAUUUGGCACAAACGUAGCGAACUGCCAAUUGCGGAGCUGACGGGGCACACGCGUACAGUUAACUGUGUGAGCUGGAACCCGCAGAUUCCAUCCAUGAUGGCCAGCGCCUCCGACGAUGGCACUGUUAGAAUAUGGGGACCAGCACCUUUCAUAGACAACCAGGAUAUUGAAGAGGAAUGCAGUAGCAUGGAUAGUUGAUGGCGAAUUUGGAGCAGACGACUUCUCUUUAACUUAAAAUUAGUCGUAUUUUAAAAUGGCUUGGGAUUUGGUGCAAACAACAUGAUUGAUAGCUGGACAGACAUGCUCGUCAUGAAAAAAGAACCAUUUCUGAAGCCCGAUCGGGGCCAAACAUUUACCACCUUGCUUCAUAGUAACCAGUUGAGAUGAAGCACGUCGUCGGAACAUUGUUGGACGCCGUGUCGAAUUAUCCCCCCCCCCCCCAUCGGUUGUGAAGAACUGUGCUACAUUCAGGCUAACCAUUGAACUCAGUAUAUAUAUUUUUUCCCCCUGCCUUUUUGUCUGGCGGGCUACUGUUCUUGUUGCUCUUCUGUGUAAUGAAGUUUAAAUGCUUGUUUGGAAACUUUAUUUAACAGUUUAGAAGGCUUGAUAGAAAGAGUGCUUUAGUCUGAGGAGUAUACAUUGGAUAGGAAAGUAUUUCCGUCUCUUGUUUCUCUAAAUCUCUCUCUGCCUUAUUUAGCUUGAGAUCUUUGCAGCUUGGUUCAUGGACUCUAGCCUUGCCCGUUGCGCAGUAUCUAUAAAUCCAGACGAUAAACCAGUGAACUAUGUCAAAAGCACUCUGUGUCACACUUGACAAAAAGUUUUGUACUUUUCACAUAGCUCGUUGCCCUGUAAAGGGGUUAACAGCACAAUUUUUUUAAAAAAUAAAUUAUUUCUAGGAUUAAAGUGACUUCAUUUGUAUACAUUUGGAAUUUAAACCAGCUUAAAAACAGUGUCGUGAAAUGCAGUAUAACUGAUGCUCUUUUAGAGUGUCAUGCAAGACAUGGUCAAAAGCAGUGGCUGGAAAGAGUUUUACACAGGCUAUGUAAAGUAUUCUUUUAAAAGAAACCUCAUUUCCCAUCUUAAUGAAGAAACAGAAUUAUUUAGAAGUGAGAGCUGUUAAAAUGCACCAUGAGACUAAUAGUUUAUUAAACAGACAAAGGUCAGUUUUUAGAUUACAUAAAUAUGUGCAACAAGUUUCUCUUAACUUGUGCAACAGUUCUGAUAAAAGCUUAGGAAGGCUCUGAAACAAGGAUAAUGCUGUUUUGCUUUGUAAUUUUAAAACUUAGUAAAAGUACCUUUAUCAGCCAAAUUACAAUACAUAUUGACAAUUUGUAUAAUUUUCCCCUAACUUAAAUACAAUUGCAGAAUUUUCCUUAGUAUUUGACUAACAAAGAUGCAUGGAUUUUUGUUUUUUUGGGAUAUUUUGAAGUUUACAGGUUUAAAUGUGUCUGCUGGACCUUGUUCUGUGCUGGUGAUGUGAAUAGCCUGACACUUUUAGGAAUGGUUCCCUAAUGUCCUAUUAAAAAGACAAUUUGAGUACUCUGUCUCAAAAUAAACAGGUGGCCUGGUAUCUCUAGUGUGCUUCUGCACUACUUGGUAGAUGAUUAUGGAAUGGUGUUAGGUUUCCCUCUUAUCAACUGGAUGAUGAAGGUAGUAUCAGGGCUGCAUGAAGUAAAGAGGGAGCAGGGAAGAAGGCAGGCCAUCAUGAAAGAUGUGAACAAAAGGGUGGAUGAGUCUCCUGCAGGGACUAAGUACGUACUGUAGUGUCCUCCUUGUUUGGGUGAAGAGAUAACUUUGCCAUUGUCCAUGGGAAGAAAAAACAGACUCGUGGUUGGGUAAUGGGAAUGGAGGAAAUAAC